AUGGGAGUACGUUUUGGUUCGCCCGCGCCAAAGGAUAAUAAUCUCGAAACAUUUCAUCUCAUUUGGCUCGAUGCUGUGGCUAACGAUACGGAGGAAGAUGUCGACGCUCAACAGCGACUUCGUACAUCGAUUAAUCAUUUAAGAACAUUCAAAUAUGAAAACGCGUGCGAACAAUAUAUCCAAGGUGUAUCCAAAGAUGAUCGCGUUGUCCUGAUCUCAAGUGGCCAAUUGGGUCGCGAGGUGGUGCCUCGUAUUCAUCAACUUCGGCAAGUCUCAUCAAUCUACAUCUACUGUAUGGAUAAGGAGUCAAAUGAAGAAUGGGCCAAAGAAUUUACAAAGGUUAGAGGUGUGAUUGUGGUGUUGAAUGAUCUAGUAGCCCAAAUUCGAUUGGAUCAGGUGACACGAAACCGCAACAAAGUAGAUGAGCCUCUUUCCAUUAGUAUUUUUGACAUGAAUGUUGGUCACAAACAAUGGACGACUGGACCUAAUCGUCAGUUCAUCUAUUCACAAUUAUUGAUUGAUUGUCUUCUUCGAACGCAACCGACGGUAAAGGACAAAAAUGAACUCCUAUCUUUGUGUCAAGAUGAAUACAAAGACAACAAACCAGAACUAGCUAUUGUUCGCGAAUUUCAACAAGACUAUGGAUCCGAACGCGCCCUGUGGUGGUACACGAGAGACUCAUUUCUCUAUCGAUUGUUGAGCAAGGCUCUUCGCGUACAAAAUACAGACUUACUCUUUCUCUUUCGAUUCUUUAUUCGCGAUAUGGAUAAACAACUCAGACAAUAUCAAUGUUCAUCACCAAGUCGCGUCUAUCGAGGCCAGUUAAUGUCGAAUGAUGAAUUACAAAUCUUCAAAGAUUCUAUUGGAAAAUUUAUCUCAAUGACUUCGUUUCUUUCGACGAGUCCUAAUCGUGAGCAAGCUCUCAGUUUCGUCAAAACUUUGAUUCCAUCGAAUAAUCUCCAACAAACUUUAUUUGAGAUCGAUGCUGAUCCUCAAUUAGACGGUAUCAAACAAUUUGCCAACAUUACAGCUCAUGGCUAUAAUGCUUACGAAGAAGUACUCAUUAUGUUAGGAUCAAUCUUUCGACUGAUCAGCAUUCAUUAUGAUGAAGAUCAGGUAUGGAUCAUUCGAAUGACAAUGUGCAGCAUUGAUGAUCAGGACAUAAAGCCCACCUUUGAACAUAUCAGAAAUAACAGUGGUUGUAACGAAGAAACAAGUCUGCUCUUAUUUGGUCAUGUGCUACGACGGCUGGGUAAAUUUGAUGAGUCGGAGAAAUAUUGUCGUCGUUUAUCUGAUGAGCUACACAAAGAUCACAAAGAUCUUCCUGCCUGCUAUCAUCUUCUCGGAGAUAUGGCCAAAGAGAAGGGUGAUUUUGAUCUGAGUGUCAAGUGGCACAACAAAUCGCUCGAGAGCGCUGCACGAAAAUCACAUGGUCAUCGUCUGGCAGACAACCAUAACUCCAUUGCUGCUGUUUAUCAGCAGAAAGGCGAUUAUAAAAUGUCACUCGAAUCGUACACCAAGGCAUUGAUGCUGAUAAAGGGGGAAUUCGGUGAGGAUCAUUUACAGAUAGCUGAAUGCUAUAAUAACAUGGGUACUGUCUAUCAGGCACAGAAAAAAUACUUUGAAGCACUUGAUUAUUAUCUAAAAGCAUUGGUCAUUACACAAAGGCAACUUUCUAUCAAUCAUUCUAAAUUGGGAACGUUGCUUAAAAACAUGGCUGAUUGCCAUGUUUGUCUUGGUCUCUCUGAUUUGGCAUUGGGAGAGUACGAUUUAUCUCUGAAAAGCUUUAAAGAAUCUCCUGAUCCUCAAAAUCGCAAUAUUGCACCGAUACUCCACAGUAUGGGUACCGUAUAUGAGGAGAAGAAUGAGUUGCAACAAGCACUAUCGUAUUAUAAACAAGCAGCCAACAUCUAUGGUCACGCAGUCUCUUCUACACAUCCCAGUCUUGUCAAAGUUGAGCAAGAUAUUCAACGUGUUUCAUCUCAACCCGAAUAA